CUAGCUUCAUGCUCGGCCCUCUCUUUUUGCACCUCUCUUUUUGCACAGUGGAGGGAGUUAUCGAAAGCAACAGCACGUUGCAGCACUGCUGUGCACGCCUGCGACGCUGCCGCCAUCGAUUUGGGUGCCACAAGCGCAUCUAUCAGCACGCUGCCACCUGUGAAGCGGUGCAGCACGACACCGGCGCACGCUUGGGAACGAGACUAUGGCCCAACCGACGCCGCAAGAGGUCGAGGCCCAAGCCUACGCCUUCCGGCAGCUCGUGCAACACCUGCAGAACACGGCGGACGACGCCCAGAAUAUUGAUGUCAUGAGCGUGGCGGGCAUGUGCCGUAAUUGUGUGGCGAAGUGGCUCCAUCGAGGAUUGGCCUACGCGGGCGACCGCGACGCGUCGUAUGACAGGGCGCUCGAGGUGGUUUAUGGGGAGCCUUAUCCAGACUGGAAGAAAAAACACCAGAAGAAGGCGUCGCCCGAACAGCUGGCGGCUUUUGAAGCUUCUAAACACUUCCACGCCAGGCACCCGCCCGUCGAGAGCGUGAAACCGCGAGUGUGCGCGCUGCCGGCCGCGGGCGCCGAGCCGUGCUGUUAUGAUGAAGACGACGACACAAAACCCCCACCACCACCAUCAAAUUUCCGCCUCGGCUUGAUAACAGUGUCUGACCGAGCGUCGCAAGGCAUUUACGAAGAUGCGACGGGCCCGGCCGUCGAGGGUGUCAUGAGGGGCCACUGCGCUACGGUAAAGCGCCUCUUAGUCCCCGACGAGCAAGCGCAAAUCCAGGAUGCCAUCGCGGACCUCGCAUCAAAAUGCUCGUUGGUACUCACGUGCGGAGGCACGGGCUUCUCACAAAGGGACGUGACGCCCGAGGCGACGCGCGCCGUGUUGGAGAGGGAGGCGCCGGGUUUGAUCGACGUCGUCCACGCCGACGCGCUGAAGACCGGCGAGGACCUCGACUCGCUCCUGUCUCGCGCUUGUGCGGGCGUCGUCGGGGGAUGUGUCGUCGUGAACCUGCCGGGCCGGCCCGCGGCGGCGGCGCGGAACGCGCGGGUGCUGCUGCCGACUCUGGCUAGAGCGGUGGCGAGCGUAACUAACUAAUGUAACAGAGAGAGAGA